AUCCCCCCUCGAAGUAAUCAAGGCAACUCCUCUUCUGCUGUCUCUCUCUCUCUCUCUCUGAGAAUCAAAGGCAUCUCCCUCGGAGAUUUCUCUCUAUCUCUCUCUCUGUACAGUACCACAGAAAGCAGAAAGAAGAUGGUGUCAGGUCCACCGGAAAUAGCCAAGAAACUGUGGAAUAUCGUACGGAUAGUGUUCUUUAUGCUGAGAAAAGGCAUCUCGAAGCGGAAGUUAAUGAUGGAUCUUCACCUGAUGAUGAAACGUGGCAAACUUGCUGGGAAGGCACUGGGCAACCUGAUGUUCCACCACCACUCCAAUCUCAGUUGCCGCUCCAACGACGUACAGCUGUCGUUCGUCGCUCCCCGUGAGUACGAGUUCAGCUGCAGCAACAGCCCCGCCUACCCCUCUCACUUCCCCUUCCACGUCAACAAGCGCAAGGGCCACCACCAUUUCUAUUCUUCUCACCACCACCAUCGUGAUCAGGACGAGAUAGACGCCGUUAAUGCGGUGCAGAAGGUGUUUGAGAUGUUGAACAAUGACGCUGUUAGUGUGGAGGCGUCGCCGUUGGUAAACCUGCCGGGGUUCGGGAAGAGCCCCAUGGUACGGCAGUUGAGGAUAACGGACUCACCGUUCCCAUUACGACCUAGCGAGGAAGACAGCCACGUCGACAAGGCAGCUGAGGAAUUUAUUGAGAGGUUUUAUAAGGAUCUAAGGCAGCAGAAGAGGAUGGCUGCUCUCGAGGCAAGCUACCAUGAUACGUGGUCGCCCCUGGGUUAAGAUACCGGCGUCGGUUGUCGGCCGGACUCCGGCUUUGUAUGUAAGACGGACCUACUACCGGCAAUAAACCCGAUUCCGCUUCGGCGUUGUGCUUCUCACUUCUCAUCAGUUCUCACCCCUGUUUCCUUUUGUUAAGAUUUAAGAGUGUCAAAAAUGAAUAAAAUAAAUGAUGUUUAUAUGAAGUAAAUGGCUAUUGUACUUAGGAGAGAAAUAGAAAUUGAUGAUCGGUUAUUCCACUUUGCU